GAGAAGCCGUUCAAUUGCGCUGUGUGCUGGAAGGCAUUUGCACGGAAAUCAGAUCUUCACAAGCACCAGAAAACACACACGGGCGAGAAGCCGUUCAAUUGCUCUGUGUGUGGGAAGUCAUUUGCAGAUUCAUCAACUCAUCACAAGCACCAGAAAACACACACGGGCGAGAAGCCGUUCAAUUGCUCUGUGUGCGGGAAGUCAUUUGCAGAUUCAUCAACUCUUCGCAAUCACCAAAAAACACACUCGGGUGAGAAGCCAUUCAAUUGCUCUGUUUGUGUGAAGGCAUUUGCCCGUAAAGCAGAUCUUCACACUCACCAAAAAACACACACGGGCGAGAAGCCGUUCAAUUGCUCUCUGUGUGGGAAGCCAUUUUCACGGACAUCAACUCUUCGCAAUCACCAAAAAACACACUCGGGUGAGAAGCCAUUCAAUUGCUCUGUUUGUGUGAAGGCAUUUGCCCGUAAAGCAGAUCUUCACACUCACCAAAAAACACACACGGGCGAGAAGCCGUUCAAUUGCGCUGUGUGCUGGAAGGCAUUUGCACGGAAAUCAGAUCUUCACAAGCACCAGAAAACACACACGGGCGAGAAGCCGUUCAAUUGCUCUGUGUGUGGGAAGUCAUUUGCAGAUUCAUCAACUCAUCACAAGCACCAGAAAACACACACGGGCGAGAAGCCGUUCAAUUGCUCUGUGUGCGGGAAGUCAUUUGCAGAUUCAUCAACUCUUCGCAAUCACCAAAAAACACACUCGGGUGAGAAGCCAUUCAAUUGCUCUGUUUGUGUGAAGGCAUUUGCCCGUAAAGCAGAUCUUCACACUCACCAAAACACACACAUGGGCGAGAAGCCGUUCAAUUGCUCUCUGUGUGGGAAGCCAUUUUCACGGAAAUCAAAUCUUCAUCGUCACCAGGAAACACACACGGACGAUAAGCCAUUCAAUUGUUCUCCGUUGGAGAGGACACGGACUUCAAGCUAG